UAUAUUUUGAGGUCUCAUCCUCAAUUGCUCAUGACAGCUGUGUGAUCCAAAAGAUUAUUAUUAUCCAAUUUUUCAAAAUAAUGCCUUUCAUUUUAAUAUCAGGGAUACCCUGUAGUGGUAAAACAACUCGUGCUGUCGAGUUGAAACAGUUUUUCGAAGAGCAAGGCAAAGAAGUGCAUGUUGUGAGUGAAUACGAACAAAUAAAGAAGGCAGGCUUUGAGAAAAACUCCUUUUAUGCCGAUGCAAAUAAAGAAAAACAUAUCCGAGGUCUUCUUAAAUCAGAAGUAAUGAAAUUAAUAUCACCCAACAAUGUUGUGAUUCUGGAUGGUUUAAAUUAUAUCAAAGGAUGUAGAUAUGAGUUGUUUUGUGCUUCAAAAGCUAACAAGUGUAAUCAGUGUACAGUACAUGCAGAAAUAAACAGAGAUCAGGCUUGGGCCUUCAAUGAAAAUAGAGUGAAUGCUGAAGAUAAAUAUAACAGAGAAACUUUUGAUGCACUCCUUAUGAGGUAUGAAGAGCCAGAUGGGAGAAAUCGAUGGGAUGCCCCACUGUUUAUGAUAUUCCCAGAUCAGACUUUGUCUAAAGAUGACAUUUACGCUGCCUUAUUUAAGAAGAAGUUGCCUAAACCCAACAUGGCAACACAAAAUCCUCCCCUUAGUUCGACAAACUUUUUAUAUGACCUAGAUCAGACAACAAAAACUAUUGUGGAUAGUUUAAUCAAAGUGAAAAAUAGUGGUGUGACAGGGGAAGUGGCUGUGCCUGGUUAUCAAGAUUUGGAAAUAGACAUUUCAAAGGUUGAUAUUCAGAAAUUAAUGAUUUUGAGGAGACAGUAUUUGAUUUAUUCUAAGAUGCACACUCCAGAUCCUAAAGAUGUACCAAAGUUAUUUGUGCAUUUUCUAUCCACUAAUUUAAAAUAA